AUGGUUGUUCGCGAAUUUGUACAAGAAACAUUUAGAGGGAAAUGGAUUGGACGCCGUGGACCAGUUGAAUGGCCACCAGGAUCUCCAGAUCUAACACCUAUGGAUUACAUGUUAUGGGGGCACCUUAAACUAGUUUAUAACAACCGUCCCAGAACAAUAUAUGCGCUAAAGGAUGACAUAACAAGAUCAUUUGAAGUCAUAAAUCCAAAUAAUUCCUUGCUUAGAAAUGUUCAAAGGUCUUACGUUGAACGCGAAUUUUCGGAAAACAGAAGAAUAUGUAAACAACCACUGGAGGAUGAGGGAGAAUCAGUCUCAAUAUUUCUCGUAUUUACAGCUGAAUCAGCUCGUGCAACGACCUCUGGACUGCCACCUCUUCCCAAAAGUCUGAGUGGCCUGAUCAACUUAGCUGGUCGACGGGAAGGUGCUGGUGGUGGUAGCAGUGGGGGUAGUGGAAGUGGUGUUGGAGGAGUAGAGAGAUACAGUCCUCCAGUGAAGCCUAGUACUGAACGUUACAGUCCUGUGAGAGCUGACUCACGUACAGAGUCACGCAUGGAUUCGCGUCCUGAAUCUGCUCGUUCCCAUUAUUCUGGAGUGGGAUAUGGUGCUAGUGCAUUUGAACCAUACUAUGCUAAUGGCUCCAUGCAGGGAUUCUCUCCCCGUUCAUCACCCCGAAGUCAUUCAACAUCUCCACGAAAUCCAAGUGGAUGCACCUCAGGAAAUAAAACUCACAGUCCAAGAGGAAGUCCUCCAGUUCCUGGUUCAAUCUCUGGAAAUAACCCAAGAUUAAGUCCUGCACACGGGCCUACCAGGCAACGUAGGCCUUCCACUCUAGACUCACAGCUGGCUGUGCUAAGGAAGGAAAUGGUUGGCCUGCGUCAGCUGGAUAUGUCUCUUCUGUGUCAGUUAUGGUCACUUAAUGAGUCCAUUCAAGAAUUUAAACAAAUUAUAACUGAGCGUGCAGCUACAGGUUUAGACUGGGGUGGUGGAGAUACUUCAGCAGAAGAUACUGAUGAUUACUAUGGAAUUCCAGUAAGGCGUCCAAACCCCUACCUUCAUCCUGUGCCCGAGCAGUAUCCACAGCUGUCCCCAUCCUCCUCAGAAUCUAGCUUGGAAUAUGGUAACAUCUAAACUGUGCAUUAAAUGUUUUACAGUAUUAAAGUUGCAAUAAUUACUUCAAUUGUUGAUUAAUUAUUUAAAAUAUGGUCCUAAUUUUAUUAUUAUAGUACAGUAUAUAGAUGAAUAUUGUGUGUAGCAGUAUUGGCAUUUAGUACCAUUAUAAAUUACAUUUUUUAUGUUAAUAUUAAAUAUGAGAAAUGGAUAAAUUUUGAACGGGAAAUUGUAAUUACAGUACUGUAUUUUUCUUGAAUUUUUAGGUUUAGCAUUUUUUAUUGUAGAAACUAUUAUAGUUAUGCAUUUUGUAAAUAAUUUGGAUACAUUAUCUGUGCAACUAACUCCUGAACCCUGUCAUUUUUUUCCAUUCAGUAUUGAUACUUGACUGUGUUAGUGUUGUAAGAACUAGAAGCUUUAAAUGUUGAAUUAGAUUAGUAAUAAUAGUGUUAGUUGUUAGUAAUUAUUUUAUUAAAUUCAAUGGAACAGGAAUCCAGAAGUGACAGUAUGACACAAAGGGCAAGGAAUGUUCCCUCCUGGCUGGAGGGUUCUGGUAGUGGCCAGCCGGGUGUGAAAUUCAAACCAAGUGUUUUAAUGCAGCCUAGAACUGUUAUUUAUGUAAUGAGCCCUAAAGAACUUAAAAUGGCAGCAAUGGCAGUAUUAGAGAGAGAGACAUUUUUGAAUCCAAAUAUGAAGGCUACUGAGCAAGUGAAUGUAUUGAGUGAAAAUGCUGGUGCAACUUGUGUGAACGAGAUGCAACCACCACAAGAUGACAUGACCAAGUAAAGAUCUUUUAAAUAUUUUAAACUAUAUUUAUUAAGAGAGUGACAGUGUUAUUUUUAGACAUUUUUAAGUUUGUACUGUUGUGCAGCUUUUAUUUUUACAUAACAUUGUAUGUGCAAUAUAUUUCUUUGCAAUAAGAAUCAUCGAUUUACCAUUUUAUAGAUUUUAAUAUAGUAUCAUAGACAAUAUUGUAUUAUUUUUAGUAUUUUAUGUCAGUCAGAUCUAAAGCAUUUGCUGAAAUUUUAUAGUAACCUAGUUAAUAUUUCUUAGAUGAAGACAUGGAUGUAAUCUAACCCCAUUGUGCCAGAAAUCACGAUAGAAACCUUGGCCCAAAAGGCUUUAAUCAUUGAAGAUGCAUCAUGUAUGCUUUUCUGUUUAAUUCUCAGGAAAAAUUGGCUGUGUACAAUAACUAUUAUGGCACAAAAUCAGCCCAGAAGUAUGAAAGGCAGUCAAACUGUCAUGAACAUCUCUGCAUCUAUCAAUGGCUACACUGUAGCCAUUGAUAGCAAAUCAAAAUCACUUUAAUUGAGCAGCUAUACCGUUCUUGGCAUGAUGGGUGAUUAAGAACGAUACUAAUACAUUGCAUAAAUAUAGGAUGUAUUUUGUGGGCUGUUUUCAUAUAGUAUGAAAAUUCUAAUCCCAAUAAUUCAUUAUUCUGAGAAUUUCCAAGAGGGGUCUCCUCAGUAACUCUCCAAACUAUUGAAUUGGGGCUGCAAAGCCUAAGGAAAUUACAAAAGGGGCCUCUUGAGGCAAACCCAAGCCUACCCUCUACCUAUUGUACUCCAUACACUGGUUUAAUUUGCAUUGUGCUUCAGUGGUCCAUUGCCUUAUAUGGGGGAAAUUUCAGGUCAUUCCCUUUCCCAGCAGAGUUAGUCUGUGAAUACUGUAGCCAGACUUCUGCCAAUCCCAGUAUUUAGGCCUAUAGAUGCUUCAAAUUGGGACAUUUCAAACAACCCAAUGGACAGUCUCUUCCCUCUGGUCUUUCAGUGGUUGGUAGACAAGGUUUUCUGCUUCUGGCUUUGAUAUAUUUGGCCAUUUGUAGGUGGCCCUUUUUGACUCUGCCUGGAAUCAGUGACUUCUGGUCCACAUGGCACUGUUUCCUGAUUGUGAGGCUUCUGGAGUAGAUGCUUUGUAGAGAGCUAUAUUCAGGCCUUGUCUCCCAGUGGCUUUGGUUUGGUCUUACAGGCUUUGUGCAGUUACCCAAGGCUUGGCAGCUCCAGUGCUAUACUGUAUCUCAAGAGGCUACAGAGUGGCCCUACCAGAAAAGGGGGUUUCAUUAUUCAAUCCUUAUAAGUUUCACUUACUGAACAGUUUACUUUAGCUAUUCUCUUUUGGCACUAAGAAUUGCAUUUUAAGUGACAUUGCUUUGUUAUCUGGAUUCCCAUUUUCUUGACUCGGGUUUACUGGAAGGCAAAUGCAGUACAGUAUCUGGUUCUUCACCCCUCACUUUGGAAAAUCACUUGAGAAUCAAUGGGAGCAUACCCAUUUAUAUGGAAAAAACAAAUGCUCAUAUAAUUUUGUCCACAUUAAACACCAUUAUAGGUACUUGUAGCCAUACAUUCAAUAACAAAAAAAGUGGAAAAUUAUACAAUAUAUUCAUGAUGUAUUCUUUAAUUAAACUAGAAUUCCAGUUUUUGGACAUCCAGACAUAAUGGUUAAUUAGGAUAGUUGGAGUUACACUGUAAUGAACUUGACUGUAGCUAAUCAUCUUUGUUCCAUUGUGGUUUUUGUUAUAGAAAUUGAUGUGUAUAUUUGACCCUUAUUGGAAAUCCUAUUAUAGCAAAACUUUUAUAUGAGUGCCCAAUAAUUUAAAUUGUACAACAUGCACUCAAAGCAUGCUCACCUGUCCACACAAAGAUAAUCAUGAUGCAACCUGUCCUCAGACCAAGUCCAUUCCGCCCAGUGCUCGACCCCAAAGACACAUUCAUCAAUUUUAAUAUGCUGUUUUCAAAAUAGGAAUUUUCUAAUAUAAAUUAAUAGUUAUAUAUUAGCAUACUGUGCAUAUUUAGGCAUUGCUUAGGUUAGAUGUUUAGGUUCUGUUAACAAUUAUUUGUACUUGUGGUACGUAGGUGAAGCAUUUGUUCCAACCACAAUGCUGUAAAAAGUCGUCAGCGAAGCACUUUUUGAGAUGUUCGAACGUCGUGAGUUGUGUGUAAACCGUUUUUCAUUCAUAAACGGUGCAUGGAAUGGACUUUGACUUUUGUUUACGAGGAUGGGCUGCAUGAUUUGGUUCACUCCUCACACCCACUCACUCUCUCACUAUUUCACCCUGCACACACACACUUCCCCCAUUCUCUCUCCCACUUUCACAUCCAUCCUUUUGUUUCCUCGUAAACUAAAGUUGUUGCAAAUCCCUAUAUAUUUUUUCUUGGUUUGUGAUCAUAUUAUUAAAAAUUACUAUCUAAACCUCAGGACAUCCAUGUAGAACUUCACCAUGACUGGCAUUGUAACCGUAUUCCAAUUUUUGUUUAUAAAGCACAUUUUUAGAUAGCACUCUUGUUUUUUAGAAACUUAACAUUCAUGUUUUCUAUAUACAAGGGCACCUGUACAGUAUUUUGUAUUUACAAUACAGUAUAUUCCUUUCAGAAAUAAAGCAUUUAUAUAUUUGUGACCUAAUAGCUGCCUUUUAACUUAAAAUUCAAAAUAAUAUUUGUAUUAUAUACAUAAUUUUAAGCAACAUUUUGUUUUGCGUGUUAUCAGGCCUUUAUUCCUGUGUCUGACUAUUUCCCAAGAAUAAAUCCCAGUGUCCAAAAAAUCUAGUGUUGCAGUUUCCAGGUUGUUGCUUAAUGGUCAGCAGAAAUUUGUAUCUUCAGUUUAUUAAUUUUAUGUACAGUAUGCAUAAAUGUAUUAUCAAUUUACAUUCCCAUAUUAGGACAUUCCAUUUUUUAAUAAAUAAGAAAAUCACUAAGUUUAAAACCUGUGUGCUACAUUGUAGAAAUUGCAUUUCAACACAUUCUUUUUCAUGUUUGUGAGAACAAUUACUGUAUUCCAGUAUUCUUUACUGGCAUACAUCUACUCAUGAUAUAUAAUGCUCCAGAAGUUGAGCAUCUAAAAUAUAAAGACAAAAUUAUAUAUUCAGUACAAUAGUCAUUUUUUAUUGAAUAAAAAAUCAAGCCAGAAAUCCUUUUUUUUUUUUUUUUUUUUGCUAUUGGACAAGAAAUUUGAAAUUUGUUACGAAACCUCAUCACUCCCUCCUUACCAUACACCAUGUAAUUAUUUUGCCUUGAUUAGAAAACAAAUUCUGCCAUAAAUCAGAACAGUCUGGGGAAAAUAUAUGCAUUUUUGACAUUCUUGGAUUUAAAUACUGUACCUACAAUGGGUUUGGCCUUAACUACGUUGUAUUUUAGAUGCUCAGCUGUACAACUUUCAAUACAGUAUCAGGUCCCAAUUCCGAAAGUGGAAAAGUUGGCAAAAUUUACCGUGAUACCAUUUUACUGUACAGUCGACAAGAAAAUACUGUACCUUUCUCUGCUCAGAAUUAUUGAGCGACUCAAAACAGGGCGAUUACUUGAAGUUUCCCUUCAUAAAAGGUAAUGGGGGGUCCUAAACCUGAAACAAACUCCUGAGGAUGCUGACAUACUUAAAAUUAUAUACCUGUGCAUCUUUCAUUUUAUUCAUUCCACUUGCCACAUAAUUAGUACGUUUAAUUCUAGUUAUAUGGCAACAAUUCUAAAGAAUCUUGAUUUCAUAUACAGUACUGUAUAGAGAUAAAAAUUUUCUUGUUUACAUUAGUCACUAAAAUUUAUAUUAGAACAGUUGACAUUAGCUAUUACAGUUUUCAUUAUCUAUUAUUGUUUACAUUACUGGAUAUCAGAAGUUAAAGUUAAAGGUUCCAAAAAUGAAUGCAGGUUAAGAUUUGUUUUUAAGAUCGCUAACAAAAUUUUGUUAAAUCUUAACUAGAAUAAUUUGUUCUUUGUCAGUAGCAUAGCAAUAACAAGUUAGCCAAUAUAUAAAGUAUGAUUGAUAAGGGAAUACUCCAUUAUAUCUUGGCUGAUACUCUGGCCACAUUCAUAUUUAUAGUUACUGUAAUUAGCUAGUACUGUUUACUGUAUUACCAAAUGACUAUCAGCAAUCAAUAUGUACAAGAAAAAUAUUUAUUGUUGAUGUUUAUAACAAUAUAACAUUGUACUGUGUAUGUAAAUAUAAAACUACAGUUUA